AAACGCUCGCAUUUUACAGUCGGUCGUCGGUUCGAUAGAUUGCUUGAAUCAUUUAUAUCAUUGCCGAUUGCGAAUAGAGUUUGAACCGGGACAAAUUUUACAACCAAUUACAAUCUUAAAAUACCUAUUUGUAACUGUGAAUAAUAGUGUUUAUUAUUUUGUGAUAUUGAACAUUUAAGUGGAAGUUUUUCCAAAAUGGUUACAGGCCGCGCUUUACAUUUUGUUUUCAAAGUCGCCGACAGAACAUUGACCGCAAAAUUUUACAGAGAAGUUUUAGGAAUGCAAGUUUUACGCCAUGAAGAAUUUACGGAAGGCUGUGAAGCUGCAUGCAAUGGACCUUAUGCAAACAGAUGGAGCAAAACCAUGGUAGGAUAUGGCCCAGAAGACAAUCAUUUUGUUGUUGAACUCACAUACAACUAUGGUAUUACUCAUUAUGAGCAAGGAAAUGAUUUCCUUGGUAUCACAAUCCAGUCCAGUGAAAGUCUAAAGAGAGCUGCAGCUACAAAUUGGCCGGUAAAAGAAGAGAAUGGCUUGAAGUAUGUGGAGGCUCCUGGGGGCUACAAAUUCUACAUCAUUGAUAAACCACAACCAACAGACAAAGAUCCAGUUGUCAAGGUGGCUUUAGCUAGCUCAAGUCUGUCAAGAUCCGUUGCCUACUGGAAUGGUCUUUUGACACUAAAGGUCUUUGAGAAGACGGAGAAAUCAGCCCUCCUUGGUUUUAGCGAGGAUCAAGCCAAAUUGGAACUUGUUGAUAUUGGCGGGCCAGUCAACCACGCGAAAGCGUACGGCCGCAUAGCGUUCUCUUGUCCCUUCGACGAGCAGCCAAUCAUCGAUCAGAAAAUUCAAGAAGCCAAAGGAAAGAUUCUCACCCCACUCAUUUCCCUGGAUACUCCCGGAAAAGCGACCGUCAGAGUCAUUAUUUUAGCCGACCCAGACGAUCAUGAGAUUUGCUUCGUCGAUGACGAGAGUUUCCGUCAACUGUCACAAGUGGACCCCGGCAGUGACGCCUCUUUAGACAAAUAUAUUAAAGCAGACAAGUCUAGAGCGUAAAGGUGUCCAUUAUUUUUCUUUGUACUCGUCUCUAAUUGCAAAAAAUGCCGAUUGUAGAUUUGCCUUAUAGAGUACCUACUUUAUUCCAUUAGAUAAGCCCUUUUUUAUAAGUUUUUUUUUCUGAUUUUUCUCACCUUCAAAGUUUAAAUUACAUCAGUAUUCUUUUGAAUAUUUUAGCGUGACAGGGGAUAAGAUCUCCGUCGUAAUAUAUCGUUUUUUUCUUUAUCGCACGUUAUAUAGCGUAAGAGCACAAUUUAUGAAAUAUGUAUAGAAUUAUGUUCUAUAAAGUAUGAAAUUCUAUUUAACGAUUUUGCUAGCUUUAAGCUUAAUUUAUGUAUGUGAUAUUAAAUAAUAACUAUGUAUUGGUUAUGGUACUAGUAAUAAUAUGUCCUUAUAGACUUAAGAUUUCUUUCCUCAGUUUUAUUACUUAGAUCUUCAAUAUCUAUCUGCGAAUAUUAUAAUUCAGUUUUAUUACAUGUUGCGCAUAAAACACUUUGUAAAAUGUAAAUUAUAAAACAUUUUCAUAUUCAAAAUGUAAAAUAAAUAUAUUUUAAUACUGUAUCUAACCUGUAAACCUGCGAACUGUAUUCGAAUUUAAUUUGGUAUUUAUUAAAAUAUCUUAAAACCUCA